AUGCUCAAAUUGGUGUUCAAGGGCCGGGCCCCUGGUCGAGACGUAGCCCCAGAUGACAUCAUCAUCACACUCCAUGUUACAUGUCCCAGACCUCUCUUCAAGCCCCAGCCCACUGUCCAUCCAUCUCCAGUCCCAGACCUCUCUUCAAGCCCCAGCCCACUGUCCAUCCCUCUCCAGUCCCAGACCUCUCUUCAAGCCCCAGCCCACUGUCCAUCCAUCUCCAGUCCCAGACCUCUCUUCAAGCCCCAGCCCACUGUCCAUCCAUCUCCAGUCCCAGACCUCUCUUCAAGCCCCAGCCCACUGUCCAUCCAUCUCCAGUCCCAGACCUCUCUUCAAGCCCCAGCCCACUGUCCAUCCCUCUCCAGUCCCAGACCUCUCUUCAAGCCCCAGCCCACUGUCCAUCCCUCUCCAGUCCCAGACCUCUCUUCAGGCCCCAGCCCCCUGUCCAUCCAUCUCCAGUCCCAGACCUCUCUUCAAGCCCCAGCUCACUGUCCAUCCCUCUCCAGUCCCAGACCUCUCUUCAAGCCCCAGCCCACUGUCCAUCCCUCUCCAGUCCCAGACCUCUCUUCAGGCCCCAGCCCACUGUCCAUCCCUCUCCAGUCCCAGACCUCUCUUCAGGCCCCAGCCCACUGUCCAUCCAUCUCCAGUCCCAGACCUCUCUUCAAGCCCCAGCCCACUGUCCAUCCCUCUCCAGUCCCAGACCUCUCUUCAAGCCCCAGCCCACUGUCCAUCCCUCUCCAGUCCCAGACCUCUCUUCAGGCCCCAGCCCACUGUCCAUCCCUCUCCAGUCCCAGACCUCUCUUCAAGCCCCAGCCCACUGUGCAUCCAUCUCCAGUCCCAGACCUCUCUUCAAGCCCCAGCCCACUGUCCAUCCCUCUCCAGUCCCAGACCUCUCUUCAAGCCCCAGCCCACUGUCCAUCCAUCUCCAGUCCCAGACCUCUCUUCAAGCCCCAGCCCACUGUCCAUCCAUCUCCAGUCCCAGACCUCUCUUCAGGCCCCAGCCCACUGUCCAUCCCUCUCCAGUCCCAGACCUCUCUUCAAGCCCCAGCCCACUGUCCAUCAAUCUCUCCAGUCUAA